AUAAUUGUCAUGAUCUUUUCCGUCAUAAUUAUUUCCAAAAGUUUGUGGUGCAAUUAAUGUUAUAAUUUUGGGUUGUUAUUUUUAAAAUUGGAUUUUGCCCAUAAAAUUCUCCUCUAGCACGAAUAUUUUCUGAAUAAUCCUAAAAAUCACGGAGGGUUUCAAUUUAGGACGAGAAAGUUUGAUUUUCGUUUUUAAUUUGAUUUUCGUUCAGCAACACUGAUUUGUUCCUCUAGAGAACCCAGGCUUUUGUCUCAUAGGCCUGCUGGAGAGAGCAAAGGACUGAACCUUUGCCUCAGACUGACUCUCUCCCUGCCUAUAGGAUCCCAGAAGUAAAAUUUAAAAGCCUUAUUCCCUUAUUUCAAGAAGAGAACACCGUAAAUGAGCCAUGGCUUAACUUUGAUCUAUGAUCAGGCCUUUUCUGAAGGGUAGUGUUUCUUUACAUUUAUACUGAUAAACAAUAGCCUUCGGCCGACUGUGGCCCGUAGUUGCUACUCUUUUUGGUAACAGCGCUUGUUGAGACAAAUCUUUAAAGUCAAGACUGUCCAUCUUCUUUUUCUUCAUAAGAGCCUAAUUCACUUGGUAACCAGAAAAGUUUCAGAUAUUGUCAAAAUGAAUGCACUGGAAUUUUUUCCUUUAUCUCAUAAAAUCGUGGUUUCGGGCAUCGAAAAAUACGAGGAAAAGUAAGUGGAGUGUCUAGUGGGGUUUUGUAAUUGAAAACUGUUUUUAACGAGUUUCUAAGAUAAAUGAAAUCUUAGUAAGGACGCGAGGUGGCGCUGCAGGAUAAGAAGGCGCCAACGGGGAAAUAUAAAAGCUGCAGACUCCAUUGCUCAACGAGAAUAGAAGGCGAGAGACUGUCAGGAACGAAGAGGUAUCAUCGCAGAAGCAGAGGAAGGAUCGGGGUCUUCAUCAAGGUUUGAGAGGAGCAAAUUAAAAAUAUUGGAAAAACCCGUGAAGACUUUCGCCCCGGGCCGUGGAUAUCACUGGAAGGUGGAAGUCCCACCUUUGUGGAAAUAGGGAUAUUUCACCCAGGAAUAAUGAAAACCAAAUGGGAGAAAAUCCGGCGGAUAAGGCAAGUUAUGUUUCUUGCUAUUUCCCUUAAUGUUUUGCAAGUCGGGUCUAAUUCCGUCCUUUAUUCGGUACUGGAGGAAACAGAGAGCGGUUCCUUUGUCGCUAAUGUGGCAAAGGACUUGGGACUGGAUAUCGGGGAUCUCUCCGCCCGGGAAGCUCAGAUCGUUUCCAAAGGGGGCCAACAAUAUUUCCACCUCAAUCGCCAAACCGGGGAUUUGACUCUAAACGAGAAACUCGAUCGGGAGGUCUUAUGCGGGCAGAGGGAGUCCUGUGUAGUGUAUUUCCAGAUUUUAAUGGAAAACCCUUUCGAGUUUUAUCGGGCUGAAGUGAAGGUCAUAGAUGUAAACGACCAUUCUCCAGUGUUUCUGAACAAGGUAACACUUCUGAAUAUCCCGGAGAGUAGUGCUCCAGGGAAAAUAUUUCUCCUGGAAAGUGCAGUGGAUUUGGAUGUGGGAAACAACAGCCUCCAGGUUUAUACCAUCAGUCCUAACGCCUACUUCCACAUUAACACACGCAGUAGAAGUGACGGCAGAAAAUUCCCGGAGCUGGUAUUGGAUAAAGCACUGGAUCGGGAGCAGCAGGCUGAGAUCCACUUAACCAUCAUGGCCCUGGAUGGCGGGUCUCCCCCCAGAUCCGGACAAUCUGAGGUUCGCAUUCUGGUAGUGGAUGUAAAUGACAACGCCCCUGAGUUCAUUCACCCACGAUAUGAGGUUCAGAUUCCCGAAAACAGUCCCCUGGGCUUUUUGGUUGUCUCUGUAUCUGCUAAUGACUUAGACGCGGGAAACUAUGGGGCUGUAUCAUACUCGAUUUUUCAAGCUUCGGAAGAAAUUCUUCAAAAAUUUCAAAUAAAUUCUGAUUCGGGAGAAAUUCGACUCGAAGGAAAACUGGACCGUGAAGAAACUCAGGCAUAUGAGAUCGACAUUCAGGCUAAAGACGGAGGGGGUCUAUCUGGAAAAUCCACGGUCCUAGUUCAGGUUAUUGAUGUAAACGAUAAUCCUCCAGAGAUCACCAUGUCGUCAGUCACCAGCCUAAUCUCUGAGAAUGCGCCCGAGACCGUGGUCGCUGUUUUCAGCAUAUCAGACCGCGACUCUGGGGACAACGGUAGAAUGGUUUGCUCCAUCCAGGAAGAUUUGCCUUUCGUCCUCAAACAGAGGUUCGAGAACUUCUUCACCCUGCUAACUGACCGAGAACUGGACAGAGAGAGCCAAUCCGAAUACAAUAUCACCAUCGCUGUUACGGAUUUGGGCUCCCCGAGGCUCAAAGUGGAGAAGAACAUCACGGUGCUGAUAUCCGAUGUCAAUGACAACCCGCCGGUGUUUAAUCAAACAUCCUACACGCUGUAUCUCCGGGAAAACAACAGCCCUGCCUUGCACAUCGGCAGUGUCCACGCCCUGGACAAAGACUCGGGAGAUAACGCCAGGGUGUCCUACUCCCUGCUGUCUCCGGAAGAUGGCGACUUUCCCCUGGCCUCCUACAUCUCCAUCAACUCGAACAAUGGCAAUCUCUAUGCUCUGAGAUCCAUGGAUUAUGAAGCCAUUCGGGACUUCCACUUCGCAGUCAGGGCGGUGGAUAGUGGUUCCCCGGCCCUGAGCAGCCAGGCGACGGUCCGGGUGGUGGUCCUGGAUGACAAUGACAAUAGUCCUUUCGUCCUGUAUCCUCUGCAGAACGGCACCGCCCCCUGUAACGAUCUGGUCCCCAGAUGGGCGGAGGCCGGCUACAUGGUGACCAAGGUGGUGGCGGUGGAUGCGGACUCGGCUCAGAACUCUUGGCUUUCCUUCCAACUCCUCAAGGCCACGGACCCUGGACUCUUCAGCGUGUGGCCCCACAGUGGGGAAAUCCGAACCACGAGGCUCAUCACCGACAGAGACGCCAUCAAGCAGAGACUCGUUGUCGUGGUGAAGGAUCACGGGGAGCCCCCUCUCUCCACCGUGGUCACCCUGCACGUGCUUUUAGUGGAUGGUUUUUCGGACUCCUACGUGAGGCUCUCAGAAGUACCAAGGGACGAAGAACAGGAGGACCCCCUGACGGUGUACCUGGUCAUUGCUCUGGCCUCCGUCUCAUUCCUCUUCCUCUUCUCGGUGAUCGUCUUCAUCGUAGUGAGGCUGUGGAGCAGGAGGAGAGACAUCAUGGAUGCUGCCAGCCUAGGCCCCGAUGGCCAAUUUCCUGGGCAUUUAGUCGAUGUCAACGGCACCGGGACCCUGUCCCACAGUUACCGCUAUGAGGUGUGUUUAACUACUGGGUCAGGAAAUAGUGAGUUCAAGUUUCUCAAGCCUGUCAUUCCCAGUCUCCCAGUUAAUGGUACUGGAAGCGAUCUGGAGGGUGGUCUCCCCUCCCAAAGUCGUUUCAAUCUAAACUGGGGGGCGGGUACCCCUGAACAUAUCUGAUUCUGAGGAAAGACCUUAAUUUUAAUGAUCUUUUAGGUUUAACGUUUAACAUUUACCGUCGAUGACACAUUGACUUUUCGCUCCUUGAAGUUUUCCG